AUGUCAGCAUUUAUAACCUCAAUAAUCUGCUUGGCUGUACUCCAGUUGUUCCUGCUCCACCUGGCCGCAGGCAAACAGUUCAGCUGGUGUGAUCCCGAUCUGUGUGGUGCGGGCGUCAAGCACAUCGCCUGUCGCAACAAUGGCCAUUUUCACAGACGCUGCCAGCCCGACUCCUUUGAGGUGGACAUCUCUCGGCAUAAGUCGUACUUUGUGCACGGUCACAACAAACGCCGCAAUUUUGUGGCGUUGGGCAAGCUGCCCGGUUAUUAUCCCGCUGCACGCAUGACCACCAUGGUCUGGGAUGACGAGCUGCAGUAUUUAUCCUCGCUGAAUGUGCGCACCUGCAUCUUGGAUCACGAUGAUUGUCAUAAUACGUAUAGCUUUGCCAAUUCGGGCCAGAAUCUGUGCGCCAUUUGGCGUGAUCGCAAUCCCCAUGUCAAUGUGACCAGCCUCAUUGAGGAGUCGUUGGGACUGUGGUUCAACGAGUACGACUUGAUCGAUAGCAGCUACAUUAACAGAUUUCGUGUCACACAAUAUUUCGAGGACUAUGGUCAUUUUGCGGAAAUGGUUGUGGAUCGUAACUCGCGCAUUGGCUGCUCCAUAUUGCGUUUCACACGUCCCGAUUAUCCCUAUGUGUACAUCUAUAAUGUGGUCUGCAAUUAUGCAUCUAUCUACGCAUUGGAUGCGCCCGUAUAUGAAGUUGGACGACCCGCGUCCCGCUGUCAGACCGGCAAAAAUCCAUUCUAUCCGGGUCUGUGCUCGACACGAGAGCAAUAUAAUCCGAACUACUGAACGAUCCGGUGUAGUGCAUAGAUAUAAUGCUCAGGUAUAGAACUGCCAGGAACUUAGAGAUCACUGUCGUCUGUAUUGUAUUUUACAUAAGAUCGUAGCUUAGUUGUAGUUGUAGUCUUUGUUUACCAAUAA